CUGAUUAGACUGCUGGUGUUUUGAUCGUCGCGAUUCCUCACAUCCCAUGUUGGGAUCAAGAUGAUUUAGCCGUUGCCAUCCGGUGCAUUUGAGCAGUUGAGCAUGAACUUGGGUUUAUUUCUGGAGAGCCAAAAAGCCAUUGUUUAUGCAUAAGUCAUGAUGAUCUAUCUCAUCUUGGUAGUAAGAAAGGACUUUGGACACGCCAUUUGCAAUAUACGCAGCCCUUUGGGAAUCAGAUGUGGCUUUCAGUUGGGCAGAGGCCGGUGAUCACGCUUGGGCAAGUUAGUAUCUUUCCUGGACGCAGCUUACCAGCUCAAGAUCCGGGAAAAGCUCGGCAAGUAGGUCUAGAUUGCCAUGUGAUGGCUGAAGCCAUUGCUGGCCGUAUCAUUUGCUCAGUAUGCCACAGGAGCAUUCGUCCCGCAAUCUUUGCUCAACACCAGGCCAGGUGCUCUACACUAUGCCAAGCUCGUGACUCCAGGGAGCGGCAUGCGUGUCAAGAACAAGCCCUAAUCGAUUCCUUGGGGCAGCAGAGGGCCGCAGCUUUCUCUUGCAGGCGCUUGUCCUGGUCAGAAGUGCGAUCUCCAAGAACAUCGGUGAGGUCGUUCUUGAAGGAAUGCCCCACUUGUCACAAGCAGAUGCUAUCGCACAGCCUGGAGUACCACCAGAGCAGGUGCAGGGGAAACACCGAGACCAGCAGUACUGGGGCGAAGAGUGCAAGCAGUCGAAGUGCUGCCAAGACGGCAACCCCUUUGGCUUCUCCCCGGGAGACGAGCUCUGGUGUGGCAACACCGGCCACAGAUGUGCCAAUCACGCCGCGACCUUGCACCCAGCGAUGCAGCCAUUGCGGUGCCCCGGUCCUGCGAAGCUCCGUCGCACAGCACGAAGCGAGGUGCCAGCAGAGAGCGCAGGCAUUGCAGGCGCAGGCAGGGUAUCCCAACAAGUGCUUGUCCUUGCAGAAGUCACCUCAGAAGUCGUGUGACCACCAGCCAUCACCCACCGAGCCAUGCCCAUCCUGUGGAAGGCUCAUUGCCUGCCAUGGCUUGCAAGCUCACUACCAAAGGUGUAAGAAAUGGACCGAGAUCCUUGAAGAGAAGAGGCGACCAACAUUGUUGGAGAGCCACAGAGGCAAAGAAGCUUCAAAGAAGUCAGAGGAGCCGUUGGAAGCUCCUUUGGGUGAAGCACCUCUCCAGUCCAAAACGUGCUUCGUUCCUGCGCCACCAAUCUCAAGUCUGUCUUGCGGCAAAGUCGUGCCAGCAUGAGGGUGGUAUAUACUGAGAGCGGAGGAGGGAGGACUAAAUCUCAAGAGCUUCGGGAGCAAGUCAUCGCCUCAGUGCCAGUACACGCGCAUCUGCACAACAACAAGUAUGUAGUUGACCUUUUUGAGAAAAAAUCAUGCGGGGCCAUGAAGGUAUCCAGAGAUCUCUUUGUCCAAACUCUUGUGGGCUGCAAUUCGCCCGGCAGUGAAUGUCUCAUCCAGCACGCAUUCCUUGGGGAAGAGAGCAUGAUCAGGGCUUGCAAAUGUUGUUUCC